AACUCAGUUGCAGUUUAGCUCUAGUCCAGUUUGGAACUGACGCUAAACAAACAGUUAUUAAAUUUAUUUACGGAGUUUUGUUUGUUUAUAAAGUUUGUUCUAGUGUUUAAAAAAAAAUUUGUGAACAAAAAUCUAAUCUAUAUUGAUUAACUAAACAAUUUUAAAUAAUUAAUUAUUAUUUGAAUAAAUAUUACUAAUUUAAUUAAAAAUCAUGAACCGAACAUUAAGUUCAGCUUUAAUAUUUUUACAAAUUUUAAUAUUUGUUAAUGCAAGCGGUUUUUACUCCAUUGUAGCACCUGGAACCAUACAGUCCCAGCAUGAUUAUUCCGUCAGUGUCACUCUACAUGAAAACACAGAGCCGGCAACAAUUAAAGUUGGCAUAAAAGGACCAUCUUACAAAGAAGAAAAAACCAUCGAUAUUUCACCCUCCCAAACAGAAGUAGUCAACUUUGAAAUACCUAAACUACAAUCAGGAACAUAUCAAUUAGAAUCGGAGGGUAUUAAAGGUUUGAUAUUCAAAAACUCUACUGAAUUGAAUUUUAAAAAUAAAGAACCAAAAGUCUAUAUACAAACUGAUAAGGCGGUCUACAAACCGGGAGAUUUAGUACAAUAUCGUAUUAUUGUUUUGGAUGAAAAUACAAGACCAGCAAAAUUAGAACAACCCUUGACUGUAGGCUUUAAAGAUGGCGGCGGCAACUUUGUUAAGCAAAUCAAAGAUAUUAAACUAAACAAAGGUGUGUAUACGGGUAAUUUUCAAUUAUCUGAACAGCCAGUUUUUGGUUAUUGGUUAAUAGCGGUGAGUUUGGGCCCUAACGAAGAUGACACGAAAACUCAAAAGUACUUUGAAGUGUCCAAAUAUGUUUUGCCAAAAUUUAGUGUGGAUAUAGAGACAGUUAAAGAUGUUGUUUAUGGAGACCCUUUGAAAAUAACGUUACGUUCCAAGUAUACAUAUGGUAAACCGGUUAAGGGCAAAGCUAUCAUUACAGUAGAUGCCGGCUAUGACCAUGCUAAGGCUGAGAAAAUCAUUGAUGUAGAUGGCAAGGGUUAUGCCGAAUUCGAUUUGAAGAAAGAUCUGAAUUUGGACUUGUCCAACCCAAAUAAGCAUAUCAGUUAUUAUUUAUAUGUGCCACCCAUCACCAUCUUGGCUGUCAUGACCGAAGAAUACACAGGCAAUAAACAAAAUAAAACGGCUUCGGUGAAUUUACAUCGUUCUCGAUAUAUAAUUGAAGUACCACAAAAUGCUUAUAAAUAUGUCAUCAAUAAACCAUUUGAAGUGAAGGCAUUUGUGAAAAAUCUCGACGGAACACCCGUUCAAAAUGGAAAACAUGUAGCGAAACUUUCGAUACGUAGAAAUCAUUACUAUGGUCAACGAUUUUCUCCUUUACCAAUUGAAACUGAUUUAGAGUUUACUAGUGAACUCGAUAAAAAUGGCAUGGCCUUGUUUAAACUGACUAUACCUUCGGUCGGCUACUACCAUGAUGUGAAAGUGACAUAUGCAGAUCAAAUUAAGUAUCUAGGCCAUUUUAUGGGUAAAGAAGAUGAGAAGAAGACUAAAGACAAUGAAAUUAAAGAUGAUGAAGAAGAUGUAGGACCUCUGAAAUUGGUAAAGAAAACUGAAAAACUUCAGCUUGAUCAAGAUGUUGUUGUCGAUGUUAAAUCGAAUAAAUAUAUUCCCUACUAUGUCUACGCCCUCGUGGCUCGUGGUAACAUUAUUAAACAAGAACACGUUAAAUUACCAGAAAAUGUCAAAUCGCAUGAACUUAAAUUUAAACCCACAUUUGAAAUGGUACCCAAGACACAUUUAUAUGUUUAUUUUGUACUUGAUGGUGAUUUAAAAUUUCAAGAAAUUAUACUUAAUUUCCCCAAAGAAUUUCAAAAUAAGAUGGAAAUCACGGCACCCAAACAAGCCAAACCCAGUGAAGAGGUUACAUUAAAUAUCAAAACUGAUCCAGAUUCAUUUGUGGGUCUUUUGGGCGUGGACCAGAGUGUGCUAUUACUACAAUCUGGAAAUGAUUUGGAUAUGAGAAAAAUUAUUGACGAUUUAAGUACGUAUGAUACUUCGACUCCUUAUAUUAGGGGUUAUGGAACUUAUCCGGGUAAAUCAUCGGGUUUGAUUACCCAAACCAAUGCAAAUUAUCCUUAUUCCACUGAGGAAUACGAUUUAGUUGACUUUGCAUUUGUGGAAGAACUUGAAGGUGAAUUACAAUUUCAUAUAUUAUCAGAAGGAGGUUCAGAAACGAUGCCGCAAGCUGAACAAGUCACUACGCACCUUCGUAUUCGUAGCAACUUUGAAGAAGUUUGGAUUUUUCAUAGACCUAAUAACACCGAUAAAAAUGGCUUGGCUACUCUAACUAAAAAAAUUCCCGAUACCAUUACUUCAUGGGUAGUGACCGGUUUUUCUUUGAACGAUAAAACUGGUUUUGGAAUGGUGACAAAUCCUACUAACAUUGAGGUAUUCCAACCUUUCUUUGUGAGCACCAAUUUGCCUUAUUCCGUAAAGCGGGGUGAAGUUAUAUCCAUCCCAGUAAUUAUCUUCAAUUACAUGGAUAAAGCUUUAGAUGCUGAAGUUACCAUGGAAAAUACCGAUGACGAGUACGACUUUACUGAAAUUUCCAAUGAAAUUGAGGAAUUAGUUUUGGAGGAGAAACAACGUGUUAAAAGAGUAACUGUACCCUCGAAUAGUGGCAAAAGUUUAUCGUUCAUGAUUCGUCCCAAUAAGGUGGGAGAAAUAACUUUGAAAAUUAAGGCCAUAACACCCCUGGCUGGAGAUGCUAUACACCAGAAACUUAAGGUAGAACCAGAAGGUGUGACAAAAUAUGAAAAUCAUGCCAUUUUUAUAAUUCCCUCUAAAGAACCUAUAAAGGAAACACUUGAGGCUGUUAUACCCAAAGAAGCUGUUUUGGAUUCAGAAUAUUUGGAAUUUUCUGUAGUUGGUGAUAUCUUAGGUCCCACUAUUAAGAAUAUUGAUCAGCUGGUGCGCAAACCUUAUGGUUGUGGUGAACAGAAUAUGGUUAAUUUUGUGCCCGAUAUUUUAGUUUUACAUUAUUUGGAUGCUAUUAAACGUAAUAUGCCGACUGUGGUUCAAAAAGCUAAAAAUUAUAUGGAAGUUGGUUAUCAGCGUGAAUUGACCUAUAAACAUAAAAAUGGUGCUUAUAGUGCUUUCGGUGAGGGUAGCAGUGAACCGAAUAGUUGGCUCACUGCUUAUGUGGCUCGUUCCUUUAUACAGGCUAAAAAAUAUAUUACCAUUGAUUCCGAUGUCAUUGAUCAAGCAUUACAAUAUGUAGUAUCAAAUCAAUUGGAGAACGGACAAUUUAAACAGACGGGACGUUUAUUCCAUCCGGCUCAUCAGAACGAUGUGGGUUUUACAGCUUUUGCUCUGUUGGCUCUUUUGGAAGAUAUGGAUUAUUCCAACAAAUACAAAUCUGAAAUCGAGAAAGGUAUUAAGUAUCUGGUUGCUAAUAUUGACAAGGAAAGUGAUAUUUAUGCCCUCGCUCUAGUAGUGGUGGUCUUAAAGAAAGUACAACAUCCUAGUGCUGACAAACUUAUAGAAAAACUUGAAAAAUUAGCUCAUGAAGAAAAUGGUCUUAAAUCGUGGACAAAAACAUCAAAGGAUCAUAGCAACGAUAUUGAAAUUACAGCAUAUAUAUUGGAAGCUUAUGUAUACACUGAACCAGCUGGAAAACUAUUACCCAUUAUUAAAUGGCUGAUAAGUAAUCGUAAUAGUAUGGGCGGUUUUGAUUCAACGCAAGACACAGUUGUCGGUCUACAAACUCUAAUCAAGUUUGCUGAAAAGUAUAUUCCUGGUGGAGAUGGUAAAAUGAUGAUUACUUUCGAGGCUUUAGAUGGAGAGGGAAAGGAAACCACUAAAGGUAGUUUUUCAGUGGAUAAGGAGAAUUCAUUGAUCCUGCAAACUCAUGUGCUUCCCAAAUCCUCUCGCCAAAUAACAUUGGAAGCCAGUGGUGAAGGCUCAUCAAUGGUUCAAUUAUCUUAUCGCUACAAUUUAGCCACCAAAGAUGACAAACCUAGUUUCAGUAUCAAACACACAAUUCAGCCCACCGAUUAUCCCAAUCUAUUACAAAUGGAUAUUUGCGCUGAUUUUGUUCCCGGAGCCAACAGUGACAUAAAAGAAUCUAACAUGGCCAUUAUGGAAAUAUAUUUACCAUCUGGUUUUACCGCCGAUACCGAUAAGUUCGAUGGCAUACGUCAAGCCAAUCAAGUGCAACGUAUUGAAACUAAAAAUUCCGAUACAGCUAUUAUUAUAUAUUUCGAUUAUCUAACGGCUGGUGAAGAGGUAUGCUUCAAUGUUAAUGCCGAGAAGACUCAUGCCGUUGCCAAGCAAAAGCCAGCCGCCAUCACCAUGUAUGAUUACUAUAAUUCGGAUCAACGUGCCACUGUUUACUAUGAAGUCAAGUCAUCGUUGUGUGAUAUUUGUGAAGAGGGUGAAUGUGGCAAAGGCUGUGAAAAUAAAGAAGCCAAUAAAAAGGCAUAAAUACUAAAAAAUAUUAAAGAAAUAAAUAUUAACAAUUUAAUAAUAAAAUACUAAUAUGUAUGUUAUUUAUAUACAUAUAUUCACAAACAUUAAUAAAAAAGGUUGAAUUAGAAAAAAAAGUACUUUUUCGAGAUAGUCUGCUAUUUGUACUCAUAACUUGUUACCUUGUGUGUUGUUACACACGGAACGACAAACUUAUAUAUACCCUUGUUGGAGUAUUAACAUUCACUUUACUUUGUAAACAUUAAUAAUUUCCUUUCUUGUGUAAAUCAAGUAAACAUUGUAUUAUAUAUUUUAUGUACACCCUGUUGUUAAAUUGAAUACCGUUGUAAAUUUUAACUACAUUAUAAAUAUUGUAAUAAAUACUCAUUCCAAUAAACUGAAUUGAACAGAAAA